AUGAGCUGCCCUUCCAUGGCGAAGAGCGAGUCCCGCACUUCGCUGCUGAAGGCGGCGGGGAGCCGGAGGGCGGCGGGCGCCCAGCCCCGCGGCAGCCGCGCCCGGGACGGCAAGGGGCAGGCGGGGAGGGACCAGAGCCAGGAACCGCUCCCCGGGGAGCCCAGUGCCCGCAGGCCGCUUUGCCACCCGGGUGCCCGGGAGGACGGAGCGAGGGGCGCGUGGAAGCUGUCACAUGGACGAGCGGAGAGCCAGCCGGAGUCGGCGGAAGGAGGUCCAAGGAGAGGCAGCGGCAAGGAACCGGUGCGGACAUCCAGGCACCACCACCACCUCCCACCGCACGCCAGCCACAGUCACCCCCAGGACCAGCAUCAGCUCUCAGACAGGGAUGGGGAGGAGGCAGAGGAGGACUUUUUCUUCAGUCACAGGCAGGGGUCCAGCAGAGAGUCCCUAAAGCUCUCGGAGGGCGCUUCACCUCUGUCCAAAUCCAGCAGCAAGUACUCCACCAAAUCCAGCGGCAGCGAGCGGUCGGUGGAAGCGGACCCCCUCCUCCAGCAGCUGCACCCCAUGCUCAGCUCUGUCUUUGGACAGGACAGAGAACUGCGGCCGGAAGAAAUUGAAGAAUUAAGAGAAGCCUUUAAGGAGUUUGAUAAAGACAAGGAUGGGUUUAUUAACUGCAGGGACCUGGGCAACUGCAUGCGAACCAUGGGCUACAUGCCCACUGAGAUGGAGCUGAUAGAGCUCUCCCAGCAGAUCAACAUGAACCUGGGUGGCCAUGUGGAUUUUGAAGAUUUUGUGGAGCUGAUGGGACCAAAGCUGCUAGCGGAAACUGCAGACAUGAUUGGUGUGAAAGAGCUCCGAGAUGCCUUCAGAGAGUUUGACACCAAUGGUGAUGGGGAGAUCAGCACCAGUGAGCUGCGAGAGGCCAUGAAGAAGCUUCUGGGGCAGCAGGUAGGCCACAGGGACAUUGAGGAGAUCAUCCGCGACGUGGAUCUCAACGGCGACGGCCGCGUGGACUUUGAAGAGUUUGUUCGCAUGAUGUCCCGCUGA